UAACCUCGCACCUAUAAAUCAUCAUCCCUGAUACCUUAAUCACACUCAAAAUCAAAAUCAAAAUCAAAAUCAAAAUGGGGACGGAAGCUAUGCUCACCAAUGGAAGCACGGCCGCCGGCUCCACCUUCAAGCUGGUUGGCUUCAAGAACUUCACCCGAGUAAACCCCAUGUCCGAUAAGUUUUCCGUCAAAAGGUUCCACCACGUUGAGUUCUGGUGCUCCGACGCCACCAACACCGCUCGCCGUUUCUCUUGGGGACUCGGCAUGCCCAUCGUCCUGAAAUCCGAUCUAUCUACAGGGAACGCAACUCACGCCUCAUACCUCCUACGCUCCGGCCAACUUAACUUCCUCUUCACGGCUCCUUAUUCUCCUUCCAUCUCCACCAACACCUCCACCUCCACCGCUUCCAUCCCUACGUUUUCCCACACUGAUUGCCGCAACUUCACCGCCUCACAUGGUCUCGCCGUUCGAUCGAUCGCUAUUGAAGUCGAAGACGCUGAAAUCGCUUUUUCUGUCAGUGUUUCUCACGGAGCUAAACCCUCUACUUCCCCAAUCACCCUUGGAAACAACGAUGCCGUUUUGUCUGAAGUAAAGCUGUACGGCGACGUCGUUCUGCGAUACAUAAGUUACAAGAAUCCCAACUAUGAUGCUUUAUCUUCCUUUUUGCCCGGGUUUGAACCCGUUGAAAAAACGUCGACAUUUCUAGACCUUGACUACGGUAUUCGCCGUCUUGACCAUGCCGUAGGUAAUGUCCCGGAACUUGCUCCGGCUGUAGAUUACGUGAAAUCGUUCACCGGAUUCCAUGAGUUUGCCGAAUUCACGGCGGAGGACGUAGGGACGAGUGAGAGCGGACUCAAUUCGGUCGUUUUAGCAUGCAAUAGCGAGAUGGUUUUGCUUCCUAUGAACGAGCCUGUGUACGGAACAAAGAGGAAAAGCCAGAUUCAGACGUAUCUAGAACACAACGAAGGCGCCGGAGUUCAGCAUUUGGCCCUAGCCAGUGAGGACAUAUUCCGGUCCUUGAGAGAGAUGAGGAAACGCAGUGGAGUUGGUGGUUUUGAGUUUAUGCCGUCGCCGCCUCCUACUUAUUAUCGGAAUUUAAAGAAGAGAGCCGGAGAUGUAUUGAGCGAUGAACAAAUCAAGGAGUGUGAGGAAUUGGGGAUAUUGGUGGAUAGAGAUGAUCAGGGGACUCUACUUCAGAUCUUCACCAAACCAGUGGGCGACAGGCCAACCAUAUUCAUAGAGAUAAUUCAGAGAGUAGGGUGUAUGAUGAAAGAUGAUGAUGGGAAGGUGCAGCAGAAGGCAGGGUGUGGAGGAUUCGGAAAGGGCAAUUUCUCGGAGCUCUUCAAGUCUAUCGAGGAAUAUGAGAAAACACUGGAAUCACGAUCAUCCUCCACCACCUGAAAACUGGUAUCCACAAUUUGUAUGCAUCAAUGAAUUAUCUUGAAAAUCCUGAAAAUAUCUGUAACCUGAAUAAAAUUGCUGCUUUUCAUCUACUUUUUGUUGGAAAAAAAA